CACAACGGAGAGCGAGCCGCACCUUACUGAGCACUGGCAUGACUACUACCACGACCACUGACACCAUGGGCACCAAGAUUUGUUCCGCCUUCUUACUCCUUCUAAUAUUACAAGGGUCAUGGGCUUUCAACACGACAGCUAGCAUGGUUACAGUGUCCAGCGAGCCCCCUGCCACCAAUGUUUCAGGCCUUGCAGACCACAGGACGGCUGUGAGCAGAACCACAAGAGAUGUGAUCCUUCAGAAGACUGGAGGUGGAAACAUCAGUAUGACAACGGGUCCUAUUUCAAUCCCACCAGCGAUCACCCAACCAGCUGUCAACAAGUCAACAACGCCCGAAGCCAGUAAGCCUGCAGCAACCAAACCAGAGACAACCUCUUCCCCAACUUUGAAACCCAGACAACCCUGGAAACAAAAAGAAUGGUUCACCAACGAAGAUUACGACGAGCUGGAUAAACGCUUCACGUAUGAUUACUUUACUCUGCGGAAGGCCGGGCUGGUGGUGGCGGCGGUGCUCUUCCUCCUCGGCCUCCUGGUGCUGGGCUGCGGACCCGGAGGACGCCUGCCAAAGUGCCGCCGUCUGAGGGCCACAAAGUCAUACCAAAUGGAGAAAAAAUGAGGACAGAGUUUCUGCAGAGUUAUGUAAAGUGUAGACUAACUGUGGAGUUGUGUGUGCAGAAAGCAUCAGUAAAGUACAAUUACCUAAAUAAAAUCCUUGUCAGUG